UUGUUUCUUCUGUCGAUGCAUCGCACCCGCGAGCCAGGAAUAGGUAACCGACAGAAGCGCAGAAAGUAUUCAUUCAGUGCGUUACAACGACUAUAGCGCUCUCGCGAACUCGUCACAUAGAAAAGUGUUUUUCACUGUGAAAUUGUAUUGACAUUACGGAUGUAAUCAGGCUUCGCCAGAGGUGUCCUUUGAAACUGCUGAACACGACAGACAAGCCAGGUAUUCGUCAACCAUCACAUUAAUCUGCAGCGUGAUAACCUCGGAAACAAGUGGAAGUGACAUACGUGUGCAGUAAAGAGGUGCAUUUUGACAGUUCGUCCUUGAGAUCAAACCAGUUUCCCCCCGAAUCCCAAUGAUGGAACCCGACGAUAGCGACCUAAUUGACAAGCUCAUUUCCCCAACCGGGGCAUUCGGCAGCGGUGGUCAGCAAAAGGUAAUCGUGCAACGGAACUCACCAAUUCUGUUCCCCGGUGGGACACCGCUAACCAUCAAUGCUACGAGCUCGCUCUUGGUGCCGAAUUCGGUGCCACUGUCGGUGGCACCUCAACAACUUUCAUUCGCUACUGCGGCUCAAGCAGGGCUGGACGGCAGUUCGCUUUCGAUGGCUGCGAGCGGAGGUGCCGGAUCGGGGGUGGAUUCCGCCUCGGUCAUUGUACUAAACAAGGACAAUACGCUCCCACCGGGGGCAUUUCCCAUCAACGUGGUGGCAACAGCGGAUCCCCAACAGCAGCAGUUUAUCCACGGGGGCAGCAUGCAGAAAGUCAUCGUGGCGACCAAUCCUGGGGCCAGUGGAGCAACAACCGGUGUUCAGCUUGUGUCCGCGGGUACAAUAAAAGCUUUUCAACAGAAGAUGCAAACACCUGGAUUUAAAGUUCAAAUUGGAAGCACGAAUAUCAUGUCGCUGCAACAAAAAAUAAUCACCCCGCUGAAUCAAUCGACAUCCCAGGGAACCCCCACCAUGACAAUGCUUCAGCAGGGCUCUCUUGCCAUUGCCGGGGCGGGCGAUUUGAAGCGUCUUCCAUCGUCGAUUAAAAUCUUGAAACCACUGGCGCCUAAACCGCCUCUCGGAAACUACGCCAGCACAGUGAUCAAACCUGCCCAGGAGAGCACCAUUCAAACGACUUCGCCAGGUCCAUCCAGUGUUUGCCACCAUGUGCUUCCAUUCGGAACAACUAUAAAAGUAACGGCCGGAAAUGAACAGCUCCCGAUUGCCAUUUCAAAACCGCAGCAAAUUAUUCAAGGCCCUUCCUUAAUUCAACAGCAAGCACAAUAUCAGCCGCAGCAAGCACAACUGCCGCAUAUCCAACAACCGCAGUCUCCAUCGACGUCGACUCUACUCAAGCAAAUCCGUCCGGUUUCACCGGCAGCAAUGGCAUCCCAACCAACCACCGUACUAUCGCCAUCCCAGAAUAAAGUGAUAAUCAACAAAAUAAUUUAUAAACCUCCGGAAGGUCAUCUUGGAACGAACACAACCGCUGGACAAACACGCAUCGUUGCCGCUACUCCACCGCUUUCACCAGGGUCGAUUCCAGAUUUUAAACGAAAAAUCAUAAUCGCCAACAAUGCUAAUCGAUCGCGGCUCUCAUCACCAGGCCAGUCACCAACGUCGAUUCCGCAACGCACAACCACAAUUCAACCGGCUCAGGCGCAGAUCAUCGUUCAAGCCGCCAAUCCGACUCUGCAACUAGCACCGGCGCUCACUGCAGCUAGAACUACCAUCGACAACAUUCCAAACGCCGUGCAAACGGUCAUAUCCACCUGUAACAGUAGCAAUAUCACCGUUACUCCGAUGCCAAUUGAACCAUCACCAGCGCCGACAUAUCCGUUGGUUCAUGAAGAGAAGGCCCAAUCUACUGUCGAUACAGAAGCAAAGAAAUCCGACGAUGUUUCCGAGUCUUCUGAACCAGCGUACCUUAGCUCAUUUGAAGAGUUCCAUAAAACCGUAUCCCAAAGUAGCUGGACGAAGGUGGACACUUCGGAAACCGAAGUUUCUUCAACGACAACUGAACAAAUGGUGGGCGGUAUUGAAGAGCAAGAACACAAAGAUGAUUCGCAUGACGAGGAGGCAGGUGAGGUGGAAGAUGCUGAUGUACAAAUGGAGAUGGAAAUGUUGGACAGUUCACAAGGUUCCGUUAGAUCGAAUAGCCUAAUUGGCAAUGAAAACGUAGAUAAGGAGGAAUGUGAAGAGAAGCCGGAUGACAACCAACCCCGCGAUUUGCCAGUAGGUUUACAAACUCCGAUAAAGAAAGAAGAAGAGCAAAUAACAUCGAACGAGGAAGUUCUGAGCGAAGAAAUAAAAAGCCCAAGGCUUCAGAAAAGAGCCAACUCGGAUGUUCAGCAUCACAGUAGUCCCGUUCGGGCUCGUCGACUUUCAGAACCAUCCAAACAAGACGAAGUUCCAAAAGAGAAUGAGGAUGCCCCUCCAAUGCCGCAACCAUUAGCAGUUGUAAAACGGACCAGAAACAGGAGAUCCGUUAGUAGAAGAAGCAGAUCAUCGAAAUCAUCAGUCCCCUCGUCCCUUUUUUGCAAUGAAAAGUUGGAAACAGAGUCGGAUGAGAGUCGCAGCAUCAAGACUUCGGCGUCUAGUCUGCACACGAUCAGUCCUCCGAAGAAAGAGGACGCGUCGGAUUCACCUCCGGCGUACGAUCAGGAUAAGGUGCAGGAGGCGAUCGAUGUCUACAAGAAGAAGCAAGCGUUGGUCAAAUCGCACCGUGAAAAAAAUCGAUCCGAGUCGCGAUCGGUUGCGGAUCGCGAAGAAAAAGAAGAGAAGGAUUUCAUCGAAGGGGAUUUUGGCUCAACGCCGUCGGACCUUAUCAAGUGGAACGAUGGAAUCGGAUACAUACGAGGCAGUCCUCUUCAUUUCCAGUUCAACCAGUUUGGAUUGGUUGAACCUAUGGACAUCAAAGAAUAUAUGAAACAUGUCAACACAAAUGUGUACGAAUCUCUUAAAGAUCCUCUUAGAGACCGAACAAGUGUAAAAACAGCUCGAAAGAAGCGUAAACCACAGAACGCGGACGGCUCGUACCAUUGCAAGGGAUGUCGAGGCCGUGGCACCGCUGGUGAUUUUGCAACUCCCGAUUAUUGCUCAAUUGCCUGUAUGAAGAAAACUAACAACGAGCCUUUACUUUUGAGUAUUGCCCACUCGAAAGAUCUUCAGAGAAAGGGCAUCGGCUCCGAAUCGUCAGCAUCGAACAGCACCCCACUUCCAACGAGCGACGAUGAAUCGCUAGGAAGUUCGCUCAACUUUGCAAACGCCUUUAAAGAGAAGCGUAUUUUCCCCGCUAAAGAAUCGAGUGGUCCGAAACCUGUUGGCCAAGAUGUAGCAACGACGCAAGAAGUGAGCACACCCAAAUUCUCGUGGGAAACUUAUCUGGCCAAAACACAAAGCACCCCUUCGCCACUGAACUUAUUCGUGAGCCCAUACCCAAGCGUACAGAGCAAGUUCCGCGUAGGAAUGAAGCUGGAGGCAAUUGAUCCGGAGAACAACUCACUGUUUUGUGUGUGCACAAUUGUUGAAGUUCUCGGCUAUCGGCUGAAAUUGACCUUCGACGGAUAUUCGAGAGACUAUGAUUUCUGGGUCAACGCCGAUUCGCUGGAUAUAUUCCCGCCUGGCUGGUGUCAGAAAACGAAGCGUAUUCUGCAGCCUCCCUAUGGGUACGACGGAGAUUUCAGUUGGAAAAAGUAUCUGUACAAGGAGCGGGCGAUGGCAGCACCGUGGGGUUUGUUCAAGCAUCUGAACUUGACGUCCAAUGAGAACAAAUUCGAAAUAGGCAUGAGUUUGGAAGCAGAUGAUCUGAAGAAAUCCGGCAAGGUUUGCGUCGCUUCGGUAACGGAUAAAAUCGAUAAUCGUAUACUGGUCCACUUCGAUGGAUGGGAUGAACGGUAUGACUACUGGGUGGACAUCCAUUCUCCUUACAUUCAUUACAUCGAUUGGCAUCACGAAAAUGGUUACAACAUCACACCACCACCAGACUGGAACAAGGGUGAAUUCGAAUGGGUCAAGUACAUCCGGUUGAAGUCGCGCCGAAUUGGCAAGGCUAUUAUUCCGGCGGACCAGUCGCUUUUUGCCACUAGACAGCCAAUGGACUUCAAACCGGGCAUGAAGCUGGAGGUGGUGGAUCGCAAGAACCAAAUGCUCAUUCGGCCGGCGACGGUCGUGGCCACGGACGGGUACGAAAUUAAAGUAUGCUUCGAUGGUUGGCCAAAUUUUUACUCGUUCUGGAUCGAGGACGAUAGUUCGGACAUUCACCCGAUGAACUGGUGUAAGCGGACGUACCAUCCAAUCGAAUUCCCACCAGAUCAUCGACCUGCGUGUAUUAAAAGCACCUGCGAAGUUUCAUUCUGCCUAGGAAAAGGGAAUGCCAAAUUUUUAAGCAAACAACUGCACAACAGAGUAGCGGAAUGUCCCUACCGGACUAACAACUGGUUGUUGGAGGACAGGAAAAAGAUGCGAUUGAUGCAUGAACAAAUCCUCACCGUGAACAACUGCAGCACACCCCGCGAACCAAUUGUUCAAGAGAUUCCUCCGGCAAAGAAGAUCAAAAAGGAACCUGAAGAACCCAUCCCUACCCAACCUGAACGAACCCAUCAAAUGGACCCUUCGUUGAUACCGGCACUAAGGGCCAGUCGACCGACGUCAACCCAACCAUCGAAUGGUAGCGCUGCGCCGCUGGAUCCGCUAAUAAAAACGGCCCUUCCUGUAAUAGCGGACUUUGGUCCGCGGUUGAAGCAAUCCUACAAACUGUGGAAAUCUACCAGCCGGAUAUUGGACCGAUGUACGGACGGCAUUUCCGACUAUGAGCGAAACCCGCUGGGUUGGUCCGUAGAGGAUGUGGCUUCCUACGUGGAACGCUUUGCCGGCUGCUCCAUGGUAGGCAAUCAGAUACGGGAGGAGCAGAUCAACGGAAUGGCAUUCCUGAGUAUGACUCAGGAGGAUCUGGUCAAAUAUCUUGACGUUAAACUAGGGCCAGCUAUUAAGCUGUACAACCGGAUUAUACAUCUCAGGCAGCAAGUCGAACAGCAUUUCAUAAAAUUUUAAGAUUUAGAAUAAAAGUUUAGUCAUAGACUCCAAAUCAUGUUGAGGUAAAUGGUUUGUAUGUUAAAAGCAAUUGUCAUUCUUCUCUAAGAACUGUGAUCAACCAGAGCUUAGUACAAGAAUCAAGCAGAUCAAUAUCCGAAAGUUUAAAAUAUUUAGAAAGCCACACUAGGGCUCAAUAUGGUUUGCUCACGUUGUAAAUAAGUCAGUUCACUGUUUUCUUCCCUUUGUUCUCCCAACAAAAUAGGUAAGAAAUAUAAUAACAACAUUAUGAUGAAAUCAAAUUCGACUUGAUAAUAAAUCACACUGUUUUCUUCGAUAUUUCAAAUUGGUUGUAA